AUGACGUUGGAGUUCUUAUUCGGCUCAUGUCUGAGGACCCAUUUGGGACAGCUAUGGUGCAGGCUCCGCUUCGAAUCGCGAUUAUGGAAUUCCUUAAUAUCUGUCGAAGCAGGAUGGAGGCCGCGUCCUGAGUAUUCUCAUCGUGUUAGGGUAAAGAAUUCUGGAGGUGCCCUUCUCGCCCUCGCCCUCCCGAUCUCUCUUUUGCUCCUCGCCCUCGCCCUCUCAAUCCAUGGCUACUUCCUCACUAUCACUGCACAACUCCAUUCCCUCGAUCUCUCUACUCUCCCUCAUCCUCGCCGCCAUUGUUUUCUCCACAUCAUUGGCCUACCAGCUCGGCAGCGUCCGUGGAUGGGGGAAAGGGUUGGAGGAUGGACUAAUAUACCCGACGCUGCUUCGAAUCUAGAAGUACGAGAUCUAGGGUGCUACUCCAUUGAUGAAUACAAUCGCCGACUCCGAGGCCCCGGGAUUGCCCCCAUUGCCUUCUUAAACAUGCUGAGCGCCCGACGCCAGGUGUUCUCUGGCAUCAAGUAUCAUUUCCCUAUCUCCGCGGUGGUCUUUCAUGACAACCACCACCUUACCUUUGAUGCUAUUGCUGUCGCCCGCACUUGGAUCCCUGAACCCAGCCACGAUCUCAUCUCUUUCACCCCAUCCGAUGACUAGCUUGUUCCGUGCUUUCUCUUACGUAUGUGCAGGUUCCUGUUUUCUUUAGCCAUUAAUACCUUUCCUAUGCUUUGUGAUGAUGAUGAAAUUCCUGCCGUCUCUGUUUGCUCGUGAAUACAUUUCGGAUUUGAAUUUCACUGCUUGGAAGUAGUUUGGUUGACAUUUGAGAGAAUUAUAGUGCUAUGUGAGA